CUUAGCAGGAGGAAAAAUUACAUAACUGAAGGAAAAACAGGAUCACAUACACAUACACAUACUUGUUUGGUUUGUGGGAAAGCUUGUCAUAGGCAAGGAUGGAACUAUUCCCAGCACAACCAGACUUAUCCUUGCAAAUCAGCCCUCCAAACAGCAAACCCACAUCAAGUUGGAGGAGAAGUACUACAGAAGAAGACAUGGACUUGGGGUUUUGGAAGAGAGCUUUGGACUCUAGAAACUCCUUAUCAUCAUCAUCAUCAAUGUCCAAAAAGGAUACUUGCUUUGAUCAUGACCUCUCCCUCUCUAAUCCAAAGGCUUCAGAUUCCAACACCUCCAACCUCAUUCAUCACUUCCAAAACGGUAAUGCCAAUCCCUUCCAAACAUUUCAGCAAAACCAUUACUUCCACAACCAGCCACUUUUCCACCACCACCAACAACAACCACAAAUCCAAAGCCUAAGCCAAGAACUUGGUUUUCUCAGACCCAUCAGAGGAAUCCCAGUAUACCAGAACCCUCCUCCUAUGCCAUUCUCUCAACAACAACAACAACAUCAACAUCAACAUCAACAUCAUCAUCAUCCCUUAGAGGCUUCCACCCCUUCAUCUAUUUCCAACACAACCACAGGUUCAAGCCCUUUUCAGUCUCAAGCUUUGUUGAGGUCGAGGUUCUUGUCACGCUUCCCUCCUAAACGAAGCAUGAGAGCUCCUCGGAUGCGUUGGACUACCACUCUCCAUGCUCGCUUUGUUCAUGCCGUUGAGCUCUUGGGUGGCCAUGAAAGGGCUACGCCCAAAUCAGUUCUUGAGCUAAUGGAUGUGAAGGAUCUCACUUUAGCACAUGUUAAGUCUCACUUACAGAUGUACCGGACGGUGAAAACUACAGAUAGAGCAGCGGCUUCUUCAGGGCAAUCGGAUGUAUACGAUAAUGGAUCAUCUGGAGAUACUUCUGAUGACUUAAUGUUUGACAUGAACUCUUCAAGAAGGUCUGAUCUACCCAUUAAGCAGGGAAGAUCAAGUGUUAAUCAAGAUAAGGAAUAUUAUGGGCUUUGGAGCAACUCUUCCAGGGAAGCUUGGUUGCAUGGCAAGCCAAAGGCUGAUUCUGUUGGAAACGUGCCUUCUGUUGAGAAGGAAAUGGAUCCAAAGUGCCUAAGUUACGAGAGAAUAUCAGAUGGAAGCUCAUCGUCAAGCCUAUCAGGAUCAAGCCCCAAGAAACCUAUUUUGGAUUUGGAAUUCACCUUGGGCCAGCCACUUUGAGAUCUCCCUUCUGAAUAUAUAUAUAUAUAAUUUAUUUAUUUACCAUUAUAUAUAUGUCUCUGAAACUGAAAGAGCUAGAGCACUGGAAUGAGAAUCAGGAACCCGCUUAGAGAAUCAGAGAAAGAGAAAGCUAAAAGAAUACAAAAGAAAAAGAAAAGAAAAGUAAAAGGAGCUAAAGAAACACAAGGAGACAAGAAAGACAGAAAGCAACAAAAGGAGGGGGUGGGGGAAAAAAGCAUGGCCCUCCUAUCAGAGCUCUUUUGAGAUCCAAAUUAACAUAUUAUAUUUUCUAGGUAAAUAUAUGAAAUCUAAUUGAUUUGUAUGUUUUGCAAUCUGAGAGAGAAAGAAAGAGACAUAUAGCAGAGAGAGAAGAGGGGUGUUGGGGGGGGAAGGUGAGCUUUAGUAAUGUUAAAGUAUGAAGUGAUC